AUGGCGGCGGUGACCAGAGGCUCCUUCAGUGUGUUCAGACGGCUGGUGAGAAAAAUAAACUUUACUUAGUCUCUGUUUGUCUGAUUCUUUUACCCCGAGGCUGAAUGUUUGUCUCCGCUGCUGCUGUGAAGUUAACGCGGGUCACCGUCAUCAUCCUGUUAGCCUGUUAGCUGCCGGGCAUCCUUGAUGCUAAUGCUAAAAGAAUAAAAUAAACAAACUAAUUCACUGACAGUCGGUUAGUUUACCUGUUUACGGAGAAUUCAGGUACAGACAGGUGUGUAAACAUGCUGUGAGGUUUUAUCAGCAUCCUUCAGGUGGACGAGCUGAAGGAUGAGAGAUGCUAAGGAGGCUAACAGCUAACAGGGUGACACGGGUCCGUGGGUUCAGACCUGUCCGUGGGUUCAUACCUGUCUGUGGGUCAGGUCUAUGGAGACAGGUGAGGGUCCACUCAGACUGAGGUUUGAUAGUUUCUGCAGGUAAAUACAGACACAGGUGAUCAGUUUCUAUGAGGGUUCAGAGCUCCUACAGUCCACCUGCUGAGGUGUCCAGACCAGGGCUGGACGAUAUGGGAGAAAGUUUAUCCCGAUGUUUUUACAUAUCGGCGAUAUCGAUAUAUAUCUCGAUAUAACAAAUGAAAUCUUACAGUGCUUAUUAGUAGCACGUCUUUUCCAAUACAAUAAGUCUACGUUCACACUGCAGGUUAUGAUGCACAAUUCAGAUUUUUUGUUAAAUCCGAUCUUUUUGUGCGGUCGUUCACAUUACAACAACAAAUGUGGCAUCUAAUGUGAAUGGGAAUGUGUCCGUGAAGUGACCCGCAUGCGCACAAAGCACAAAUUGCUCUCUGCGCCUGUUUGUGUUGUUGAACAAUGGUGACGUUUAUCGCACAAUGAGCACGUAUAGGUCGGAUGAACGUGACCUGAGAAUGGCUUCUGUCUGUCUUAGAGAUAUGUUUAGCUACCGGUUACCGUUGUUGUGCCGAGAAACACAUGCCUGUAAAUUUUUGCGUUGUGCGUGCUCUGCGGCGUGGCGCUGCUUCAGGUGGUGAAAAAGAUUUGAGGUAUUCCCCGACUUUGUGAGAACAUGUACUCGACAUAAUUUACAGUCCACAUUACUCUGCUUCAUGUCCGACCUCCAAAAACCAAAAUACCUCCACACCACCGACGUUUUCCUAACGCCAGUGUUGUGGUUGACAUUGAUGUGGUCAUCUGUUGAGCCUUCAUGGUCAUUUCUGUCGGGGGUAGCACUCAUUUUCUUUGUUUCUCACCAACAGUGCUGUCGGCUUCACCUGUUAAAGUGCUAUGGUUGGGUGGAGCUGCUGUCUGCUACGACGCUGCAGUUGGUUGAUACUUGGUUCUAAUUCAGAACAUGAUUGGUUCAGACCCCGAGAAACUCCACUUCUCAUUGGCUGUUCGGAUAGUCGACCAAAACAUGUCAGAAAUACGAUUAUUGAAAAGCAUAUUGAUCAUUUUUGAUAUUGAUAUUGCGGGAAAAUAAUUUUGGAUAUAUUUCGUUCUCGUUUUAUCGCCCAGCCUUUGCUGAAAAAAAGUCGGUGGAUGAGAGCAGAGUCAUAUCUUUGUGUCUUUGUUUGUGUACUUUAGUCAGCAGUUAAAUAAAUAAAUAAAUUCCUGGUGUGAUCUGUUUCCUCCUCUCAGCUCAGUCAGCAGUAUCGGCGCCGGUGUUUCCGCAUUCAGAGCCUCAAAUCUGACCGAACUUUGCAGCCGCUCGCCUUCAGGUGUGACAGAAACCUGCUGAUGUUCAGCAGCAGGACGCUGCACACCUCCACAGGUGAGUCCAGACCCACAGGAACAGAAACCUCAGCAGACGUCCACACGGAUCAGGACAUUUAUGUUGUUGUGUGUCUUUACUGUGACGAUGUUAAUAAUGUGUUUCCUCCUGCAGUGAGUCAUGGACCCAUCGUCCAAUUCAAACUGUCCGACAUCGGGGAGGGCAUCAUGGAGGUGACAGUGAAGGAGUGGUACGUCCACAGGCUCUCCCAGCCAAUCACAGAGCAGAUGGUUACCUGUUACCUGUAGGACUGCUGUUUACAGUGCUAGGAUUUGAUGCGUUUCUCCUCACUCUGGUGUCUCAUGAAGGUUUUAUAAGAAUCUAAACUGUGACAUCAUUCAGGCGGCGUCACAGUUUGGCGCCCGACUCUCACCUACUUCGGUAAAUCUGGUGUUUUCAGGUACGUGAAGGAGGGGGACAAGGUGUCUCAGUUCGACAGCAUCUGUGAGGUUCAGAGCGACAAAGCCUCCGUCACCAUCACCAGCCGUUACGACGGCGUCAUCAAGAAGCUCUACUACGACGCAGAAGCUACCGCACUCGUGGGUAAACCGCUGGUGGACAUCGAGACGGAGUCCCGCUCAGGUGAGACAUCUUAACCUGGUCUUAGUCCUGAACCUGUUCUUCUAGUCUGACCCAGACUGAACCCCGAAUUGUUGUUCAGAGUUGAUCCAGGAGGAGGACGUGGUGGAGACGCCCGCCAUGGCCCGAGAGGAGCACACCCACCAGGAAAUCAAAGGUCACAAGACACAGGCCACGCCCGCUGUCAGACGCCUCGCCAUGGAGAACAACGUAAGACAGUCCUCAGCUUGUCUGUAGACCUAGUCUCUCCUCUGUCAGUCCUCUCGGUCUGUCUCGUGUCGGUCCUGAGUCCGUCCCGUGGUUUUUCAGAGACCGCCCUAAAUGUCCGCCCAGUCUGUCCUCAGUCUGUCCCCGUCUUGGUUUUAAAAGGUUGGACAAAUAAAGUCUGUAAUGUCCCUGAUGUCUCUGGUCUGGUCCGUCCCCUCAGAUUAAACUCAGUGAGGUGGUGGGGACGGGGAAAGACGGUCGGAUCCUAAAAGAGGACAUCCUGAACUAUCUGGCGAGGCAGACUGGCGCCAUCUUACCUCCGCCAUUCCAGGAGAUCCAGACUCCUCCUCCAGCCCCGCCCCCAGCUGCUGCUGCUGCUGCUAAACCUGUAAGCGCUCCCGUGGCCGUCAAACCUCCGCCGACCACACCUAAACCCGUCUUCACCGGCAAGGACGUCACCGAGCCGCUCAAAGGUGAGGUGGUACAGACGAAGACCAUGACCCGAUCUGGUGCAGGUUUGAAUCCCUGAGCAGGUCAUGUGACGUAUGUUUUUGACUUCUUCAGGUUUCCAUAAGGCGAUGGUGAAGACGAUGACGGCGGCGCUGAAGAUCCCGCACUUUGGGUACUGUGACGAGGUGGACCUGAGCCGCCUGGUGGCUCUAAGGGCGGAGCUUAAGUCCACAGCAGAGGCUCGGGGGGUCAAACUGAGCUACAUGCCCUUCUUUAUCAAGGUGAGACUCACACAGGUGAAGGUACUUGUUUAGAUGCUGAUUGGUUGCGUGAUGUUGACGCUGUGCUCUCAUUGGUCCAGGCCGCCUCCCUUGGCCUCCUGCACUUUCCCAUCCUGAACGCCUCCGUGGACGAAGGCUGCCAGAACAUCACCUACAAGGUGAGAGGGACGCACCGAUCAAUUCACACCUUAAAACGACCACGGACGAUGUAGGGCGGAGUCAAACGGCUUUAAAAACCAACAUUAGUAUUCUGUCUGUGAGAAUAUCAGUGAGAACCGUCCUACCAGCAGGUCCACAGAAACCAUGGUCCAGAAGAUCCUGGUCCUCAAGGAUAGAAACAUCUAAAAUCAUCCACACUCUGCAGAAACAUUAUUCAUAAGAGCUCUUUGUUAUUUUUAUACUUCUUCUUAAAACCGUGUUUUUAUUUCAGACGUUAUCUAAAAACCAGGUACUCGCCUGUUUCAUUUCCUGAUAUUAUUCUUUCUCACUUAUUUAAACCGCUGGAGCUGCUGUCGUUUUAAUCCUGUUUUAGUAAGUUUGAGUUUGUUUCCUGUAAAUAGGGCCAGACCAUAUCAGUGUAGGCCAACAACUGUCUGAGCCUAUAGUAGUCUGAGCCUAUAGUAGUCUGAGCCUAUAGCAGUCUGGGCCUAUAGCAGCCUAAGCCUAGCGCAGUGUUAACCUAUAGUAGUCUAAGCCUAGCGCAGUGUUAACCUAAAGUAGUCUAAGCCUAGCGCAGUGUUAACCUAUAGUAGUCUAAGCCUAGCGCAGUGUUAACCUAUAGCAGUCUAAGCCUAGCGCAGUGUUAACCUAUAGUAGUCCAAGCCUAGCGCAGUGUUAACCUAUAGUAGUCUAAGCCUAGCGCAGUGUUAACCUAUAGUAGUCUAAGCCUAGCGCAGUGUUAACCUAUAGUAGUCUAAGCCUAAAACAGUGUUAACCUAUAGUAGUCUAAACCUAUAGCAGCCUAAGCCUAUAGUAGUGUUAACCUAUAGUAGUCUGAGCCUAUAGCAGUGUAAGCCUAGCGCAGUGUUAACCUAUAGUAGUCUAAGCCUAGCGCAGUGUUAACCUAUAGUAGUCUAAGCCUAGCGCAGUGUUAACCUAUAGUAGUCUAAGCCUAAAGCAGUGUUAACCUAUAGUAGUCUAAACCUAUAGCAGCCUAAGCCUAUAGUAUUGUUAACCUAUAGUAGUCUGAGCCUAUAGCAGUCUGAGCCUAUAGCAGUGUAAGCCUAGCGCAAUGUUAACCUAUAGUAGUCUAAGCCUAGCGCAGUGUUAACCUAUAGUAGUCUAAGCCUAAAGCAGUGUUAACCUAUAGUAGUCUAAGCCUAUAGCAGUGUUAACCUAUAGUAGUCUAAGCCUAUAGUAGUCUAAACCUAUAGCAGCCUAAGCCUAUAGUGGUCUGAGCCUAUAGCAGUCUAAGCCUAGCGCAGUGUUAACCUAUAGUAGUCUAAGCCUAGCGCAGUGUUAACCUAUAGUAGUCUAAGCCUAGCGCAGUGUUAACCUAUAGUAGUCUAAGCCUAGUGCAGUGUUAACCUAUAGUAGUCUAAGCCUAAAGCAGUGUUAACCUAUAGUAGUCUAAGCCUAAAGCAGUGUUAACCUAUAGUAGUCUAAGCCUAUUGUAGUCUAAACCUAUAGCAGCCUAAGCCUAUAGUAGUGUUAACCUAUAGUAGUCUGAGCCUAUAGCAGUCUGAGCCUAUAGCAGUGUAAGCCUAGUGCAGUGUUAACCUUAAGUAGUCUAAGCCUAGUGCAGUGUUAACCUAUAGUAGUCUAAGCCUAGCGCAGUGUUAAUCUAUAGUAGUAUAAGCCUAAAGCAGUGUUAACCUAUAGUAGUCUAAGCCUAGCACAGUGUUAACCUAUAGUAGUCUAAGCCUAUAGUAGUCUAAACCUAUAGCAGCCUAAGCCUAUAGUAGUCUGAGCCCAUAGCAGUCUAAGCCUAGCGCAGUGUUAACCUAUAGUAGUCUAAGCCUAGCGCAGUGUUAACCUAUAGUAGUCUAAGCCUAGCGCAGUGUUAACCUAUAGUAGUCUAAGCCUAAAACAGUGUUAACCUAUAGUAGUCUAAACCUAUAGCAGCCUAAGCCUAUAGUAGUGUUAACCUAUAGUAGUCUGAGCCUAUAGCAGUGUAAGCCUAGCGCAGUGUUAACCUAUAGUAGUAUAAGCCUAAAGCUGUGUUAACCUAUAGUAGUCUAAACCUAUAGCAGCCUAAGCCUUUAGCAGUGUUAACCUAUAGUAGUAUAAGCCUAAAGCUGUGUUAACCUAUAGUAGUCUAAACCUAUAGCAGCCUAAGCCUAUAGAAGUGUUUACCUAUAGUAGUCUAAGCCUAGCGCAGUGUUAACCUACAGCAGUGUUAAUCUGUAGUAGCCUAUAGCAGUCUAAGCCUAGCGCAGUGUUAACCUAUAGUAGUCUAAGCCUAGCGCAGUGUUAACCUAUAGUAGUCUAAGCCUAUAGCAGCCUAAGCCUUUAGCAGUGUUAACCUACAGCAGUGUUAAUCUGUAGUAGCCUAUAGCAGUCUAAGCCUAGCGCAGUGUUAACCUAUAGUAGUCUAAGCCUAUAGCAGCCUAAGCCUUUAGCAGUGUUAACCUACAGCAGUGUUAAUCUGUAGUAGCCUAUAGCAGUGUUAACUUAGGGCUUUACCUUAACUCUUGAGACUCCAGAUACAAUGAACUGUCCUGUGUUCUUGGAGCAGAGAGUCCUUAAUGUUUGUCCUUGAAGGGUUGUUUCUUUGACGGGACUCAAAGUUAUUAUUGACCCAUAGCUGACAUUUCCACGUUCCUCUCACUGUUCUCCGGACGCGGCCGUAAUCCUGAUGUUGGUGUCGAUGGUUCCUGUGUUUUAGGCAUCUCAUAACAUCGGUCUGGCGAUGGACACCAGUCAGGGUCUGUUGGUUCCUAACGUGAAGAACGUUCAGCUGCUCAGCGUGUUCGAGAUCGCUCAGGAGUUAAACCGCCUGCAGACACUCGGAUCUGCAGGUCAGCUGGGAACCAGUGAGCUGACUGGAGGAACUUUCACCCUGUCCAACAUCGGCUCGGUGAGUAAAACAGAAACGACGAUAACGACGAUAACGACGAUAACGACGACACAUCAUCAUCAGAAGGUCUGCAGGUCUGACUUUGGUCUGUUUCUGUUUGUUUGUGGAUCAGAUUGGAGGGACGUACGCCAAACCUGUAAUUCUUCCUCCUGAAGUAGCAAUUGGAGCUCUGGGAAAAAUCCAGGUGGGUUCCAAAACUUUCCAGGCAGACAAACCUGGAAAACAAAGUGAGGCUGUGACUGCCCCUCUUUGACCUGGUCUGGUUUUAGACUGUGACCUGGUCUGUGUGGGACUGUAGUAAAAGCAGCAGUAGAAGCUGUUCCUCCUGAGGUCCGUGGAGCUGAUAAUCAGGGUCUACUUUACCGACAGGAGUAUCAUCUGCGUAUAAUCUGAUCGUCGAGGAAAAAUCAGUGGACCUGGCACAGAGCCCUGUGGUUCACCUCUGUGUGAUUAUCAUAUUUCAGACUCUUCUGGGUUAAAACUCAAACAAAAACCUUAAAAAAAGAGACUCAUGACCUCCCAGAUCAGUUUUUGACCUCUCGUCUGGUUGUUGUCUUCAGGUUCUUCCUCGGUUCGACUCCAGCGGUCAGGUGGUCCGAGGUCACAUCAUGAACGUCAGCUGGUCGGCCGAUCAUCGGAUCAUCGACGGGGCGACCAUGUGCCGCUUCUCCAACCUGUGGAAGGACUACCUGGAGAACCCUUCCACCAUGGUGCUGGACCUGAAAUAG